UUCAUGAAGACAGUGUGCAUUGUGCAGUGACCACAUCAGUGACCCAGCAUUCAAAGUACACGAUGACACAGACAGACAUGAGCCCAUACAAUAUUUCACACUUGAAGGCUACUGCGCAUGUGUAGUACUUCACCUCCUUAGAAACACGUGCAUUCGGGACGUUGACAGCUGUCGCCAUGUACCACUCGGUUCGACCCAACCUGCCCUUGAGGAAACCAUCAUCGAGCCCCGUGGCUCUUUGUGCGUCGCCUUAUCCGAGACUCUCUAUGCCCAAUGCUGCACCUGUGCGCCCGUCGUCCAACGCCAUUGGAGACGGUCCCACAAAUUCACCACUCAGCAGAGAUACAGCUGCAGUGUUAGGGAUGGUGCCACCAGCACUGACUGUAUACUUCUGCAACUACUGUGGGCAGCAGGGAAAUUUUCGGUGCAAGCGCUGCAAGAAGACCCCAUACUGCUCUGUGGUGUGUCAGACACAAGACUGGAAGGCACACAGACAGUUGUGCAAGUCCACUGAUCCAGAACCUGCAAAUGAGAAACCAAAGGAAACCACAGCUUUGCCUGUAGCAGGUGACAGAGCUGGCCUGCUUGACUCUAAGCAUGGUGAUGCAUCCAGCCUCCAGAGAGUCUAUUUGAAGGAUUUGCAGAUGUCUAAAGUCAUUAAGGGAACAGACAUCCAGGCAUCUGUUGUAGAGUUCUACAGCCCUGGCAGGUUUUUCCUUCUUGCCCAAAGACCUGAAGUGCUAGAAGCUCUGCAAAGCAUCACCACAGAGCUUCAGAAAAUAUACAGCUGCCCCUCUGUAACAACAUAUGUACCCUGUGUUGGCGAGGUUUGCGCAGUUCAGUUCUCCUGUGAUCUGAACUGGUACCGAGGCCUGGUCCAGACCUUGGCUACUGACCAGAAGACCGCUAAUAUCCUUUACAUUGACUUUGGCAAUGAAGAGGAUGUGCCUGUGGACAGGAUUAAGCCCCUGGCAACAAAUAUCCAGCCCUUUUGUCCAUGCGCAAUGGAGUGCCGUAUCACCGGGGUGGUGCCAGUGGCUGGUGACUGGUCAGAUGAGUGCUGUAUUUCAGUGAGACAACUUUUGGCCGGCAAGAUUGUGACCGUUAAGCUGGUGGAAACACUAGAGCACGGUCGCAUCCAUGCUGUGAAUAUCCUGCUUUCCAUGGGAAAGCAGUUGAGCACAUUCCUUGUUGAGUACGGUUAUGCAGCAGAGGAAACAGUCAACACAACACCAACUGAGCAAGAAAUAUACGCCAUGAUGAGUGCAUCCUUGGACAACUUCAGGCGUCUCUCUGAUGGGAAAGAUGACAACACCUGGGCUCAGCCACCCGAGCCACUGACACAGGCAGUGGGUGACUCAUUCUCUGUUAUGGUUACUCAUUUGCUGUCACCCAAUGAAAUUAUCGUACAGAAGGUGGAGAACGCUGGAGUGAUUCAAGAGUUGCAGUUGAAGCUGAGGGAACACUGCUGUCAGGUCCCAGCCCCCCAGAACUUCAGGCCAGCACCCGGCACAGUUUGCUGUGCCCAGUUCUCAGAGGACAAGCAGUGGUACAGGGCUAAAGUUUUGGCUUAUUCAUCAGAGGAAGGUGUCUGUGUGGGCUACCUUGAUUUUGGCAACUCUGAGGUGGUGGAUUUAAGCUAUCUGCGACCUAUCAGCACUGAACUACUGGCCCUUCCCAUGCAGGCUAUGCCUUGUGGUCUAGCAGGGGUGCAGCCUGUUGGGGAGAGCUGGUCACAAGACUGUCUGUUGGCCCUGCAGCGAAGGGUAUCGAACAGAAUACUGCGCAUUGAGAUCCAGGGAGCGCAUGAGGGCAAGGCUUUGGUGGCCAUGAUUGAUGAGGCCAGUGAUCCUCAGGCAAAUGUGGCUGAGCUGCUAACCUCUGCUGGUUUCGCCGCACCUGCACCUGCUCCUGUUACCACCACUAGUGACCAGCAGGUUGACCAGACAACAACCGCGGAACCACAUGCGCCAUCCCCAGCCUGUGAGCCUCUGGUGUGGUCUUCUGCUGAGCUUCCCAGUGACGGCCAGACAGUGGCACUGCUGGCCAGUGUCGUGGAGAACCCUGGAGAGUUUUACUGCCGCAUCAACAAUCCUACAGACCAUCAGAGGCUGAUAGAGCUGGGAACUGAGUUGAAACAGCACUGUGAGGGGCAGGCCUCACCUUUUGAGCCCAGAGUGGGAGAGCCUUGUUGUGCCAUGUUUCCUGGGGAUGGAGCAUGGUAUCGGGCUAUGGUAAAUGAGUUGUCAGAAGACAAGGUGUCUGUAAACUUUGUGGACUACGGUUAUAGCAUGAAAGUGGAAGAGAGCCACCUUCGACCCAUUACACCUCAACUCCUGACUCUACCCUUCCAGGCAGUUCGUUGCAGGCUCGCAGGUGUGGAGCCCCUGGGAUCAGAGUGGAGCAGUGAAGCACUGCUGUGGUUCCAGACGCGGGUGGAUGGCGAGCAGCUCUGUGCAAAUGUCCUUUCUGCCUCUGAACAAGGAUACGAUGUGAAGCUGGAGAGCAGAGGGCAGGAUGUAGCAGCUGCCCUAAUUUCCGAGCAACUAGCCAAAGCGCCUGGAGCACCUCCCAAAGAGACACAUGCAACCACAGGCGCUGAAGCCAAACACCAAGAGAAAAUAAAGGAAAAUGAGCACAGCCAAAUACAUGUGCAAGCCUCCAACCAGACCGGAGCCAGUUCCAAAGAAGUACCAACUGACGGGACUGCAGCGCUAUCAGAAGCUCCAUCUUUUCCAGUGGACUGGAAGACAGUGGAGCUGCCUGUGAAUGAGACCUUUCAGCCAUACAUCGCAGCUGUCAUUAGUCCUUCCCUCUUCUACAUGAUCGGUCCCAGCCAGGUGGACCAGCAGAAGCUUCAGGGGGUGAUGAUGGAGCUGGCUGCCUACUGUAGCAACCCACGGGCCUCUUCAUCGUCCACCGUCCUGAGCAGACCAGCUCCUGGGGCUGCCUGCUGUGCCCAGUUCUCUGCUGACAAUAACUGGUACCGUGCGGUGGUCCUGGAUGUCGCUGAGAAUGAGAUGACUGUCAUCUAUGCAGAUUACGGCAACACUGAGAGGGUGCCAUUCUCCCGCAUCUUGCCCAUCCCCGUGCAACUGCUGCAGCUCCCCUUUCAGAUCACUCGCUGCACGCUCACUGGUAAAGAACACUUCCCAGCCCAGUGGCCAAAGGAAGUGCAGCAGAUGUUUGAAAGCCUGCUGGCGAAUGGCGUCCUCGCCACUGUGCAGUCCUUCAGUGGCUCUGCUAAUGUGCUCUCGCUCACUCUGCCCACUGAGAAGGGCGGGGGACAACUCACUGCCAUGAUCUUGGAUGCACUACAAGCCCAGGCCAAGAGUAAUCCUUGCCAACCCAGCACCCAGAAGGCUGAGCAAACUGACAGCAGCAUACCCACUGCCAGCACUACAGUUGUUCCCGACUGCCCCCAGCCCAAGCUGACAACUGAGACCCAGAAGGGGUUGGAAAAUACAACAGCUACCACUGGCCCAACCAUAGCCCCAGAGCAGGCACCCCAGACUCCCCAGCAGAAUUCAUUCAGUGAUGAUCCGGUUCAGAGGAUUGUUGAGCAAAUGGAGGCUCCAUGUAGAAGUGAUACAAAACCUAAUGGUCCUCACACCUGUGGCUGCUGCUGUCUGAGCCUGAAGACUAAGAUGGACCACCUGGACCAGUUGGUGCAGCUGCAGCUUUCUCUCAUCAAGCAGUUAGUGGGACAGACAAAAUAAGAUUUACCAAGUACACAACUUUAAAGUCUUGUUUGCCAACUUGUUGAAAUUGAGGAUGUUGUGUUAUUUCCAACCGUUUCUUUAAAACAAGUUAACUCUGUGGCCUCCAGAGACAGCCACCCAGCUUGUAUUUGAAUUUUGUCACCAUUCUCCAGAAGUUGCCAUCCAGCUUUUAAUUUUGCUUUUCAGGGCUUUUAUGUUUUUAACCUCUGGUUAAAUUUCACUCAUUUUUCCACUUCUAAUAUUUCUUUUAGAGAAUAUGCUGAGUGCACUUAUUCGGUUUGUGAAAGUUGAAAAAUCAGCAACACAAGUUGUUCAACCUCAAUUACCCAAGUGUGUGUUUGUCUCCUGUAUGUACGCGGAGCUCGU